AACUCGGGAUAAUAUACACAGUAAUCCGUCCAUUGCUUGAAGUUUGUGUUAAAAGAAUGUGAGAACGAAGUUGGUUUUCUUUACAUAUAAUGUGCCAGAGUGUGUGGCUUCUUCAAGAUUCGACGGUUGCUUGAUUAAGUUGAGAAUUACGCUAAGUGGGAAGAGACGAACAGAUAAUUCAAAAUGCAGGCGAAAAGAUUGUAUUUAUGCGCCAUCAUUGGUUUGACUUGCUACCUUUAUGGCAUCAAUGGAACGUUCGUAACAUGCGAUAGAGAUUACCUUAAAAUCGGAUGUUUUAAAAACACUAAGUAUUUAAACACGCUACUUUUAAAUGAUCGUGAUCCUGGAAGUCCAACUUUUUCCGGAUUUAUAAUACAGUGGGGAAAUUUAGGGAAAUCUCUGCACAGUUUAGCUUGUCGUUGCGCUGAAAAGGCGCGAAGAGAAGGAUACACACACAUAUCUAUUCGCUUCUUCGCUGAAUGUUGGGCGGGUAGAGGGUGGAGCACAUUUGAUUUGCUAAGAAAUGCACAAAGGUCAAAGGAUUGUUUGCAGGAUCGAUAUGAGCCUUGCAGCAAACAUUAUGGAAGUGGUGAAUGCGCUGGAACAGCUAAAGACGAAUACAUCUACGAAGUUGUUACAACUAAAAUAACAAAUAACGAGAUUGAUGGUGGUUGGUCGACCUGGUCAGAUUGGACAGCAUGUAGUGCAACUUGUGGCAAAGGCGAGCAGGCUAGAGAGCGUGUGUGUAACAACCCAGAACCAACUUCUGGAGGAGAACCAUGUAAAGGCACAGGGACUGAAGCUAAAAUCUGCAACAACGGCAAUUGUGCAGCCAUCGCCGACAGCACUGGUCAUCUGGAAUGUGAAAAACGCAUCAAGGGAUUGUAUCUAGCUAUCUUGCACCGUCAGCCGGAAAAAGAAGGUUUUGUGUGGCAUUUAAACAACUGCAAAGAACAUGGCUAUACAUACAAAAUGUCGUUCGCGAGUAUCAAUAACAGUAAGGAAAGGAAAGAUAUAUUAUGCAGAGAACUUAUUGAUCAUUUAUACAAGGGUGUGCUGAAGAAAGCUCCAGACUCUGAUUAUAAUGAUAUCCGCAUGCAAUGCUUCAAUGGACGAUCAACCGAAAUGCUGGUGGCUGACUUUUUGAAAAGGGAGGACUACUUGAAUUACGAUCAUACUAAAUAUCCAACUGUAUGUCACCAACGUGUUCUUGGAUUACAUCGAGCUCUACUUUACGACGAAAAAGUUAUGACUCAUUUCGAAACAUAUUUCGAAGAGUGCAAUGCAGGAGCAUCUAUCGCAAGUCAAGCUCGUAAAAUGAUGGCUACUCCCGAAAGAAAGGCAAUAAUGUGCAAGAUUCGUGUAAAUUUUUUGUACAACGACGUUCUAAGAAGAUCUGGGGAGGAGGCCGGUUUGAGCCAUCAUAUUCACAACUGCGUGCGAGGACGUUCUUAUGAAGAUCAAGUGAACGAUUUCAUCUACUCCGCAGAGUUUGAAGUCAAAUAUAGAGUGAUUGAGCCAGAAGUGACAUCUAUCAACAAGAUAUAAAAAGUUGGAUUCAAAGUGAUUUUUCUGAAAACAGAAGAUAACCAACAACAGUAAAAAUAAAUGGUUAUGUACUUUCUUAACGGAAAAUACUUCACUCGUUAAAAA